AUGUGAAUAACAGUCCAUAACUUGAUCAUUAGACCUCCAUUUCGUUCCUCCAAAUCCACCUCCAUAUCCAGACAAACAUACACAUACAUCUCGCUCAGAUGUCCCUCAAAAACCCUCCCUCCACAACCCACUCUCCCCUCACCCCCAUCUUCGAAUCCUUCAAAUCCGCCCUCGACACCCACCACGACCGCCGCGAACGCAUCAUAAAAGCCUCGCGCGACAUCACCGCCACCAGCAAGAAACUCAUCUUCGCCCUCCACCGCACGCCCACCCCGUCAACAGCCUCCUUCCACAGCACAAUCGCCGCCUUCUACGCCUCCAUAGCGCCCGAUCUGCACGGGCCCAACGCGCAUCGCUACGCCGUGAACCUCACGGGCGCGAAUCAGGAAUAUAUCGAGGCGCUGUGUUUCGAGCGCUACAUUACUACGCGCACGUUGUUGUCGUAUGAGGAGUGUUGUGGGGUGUUUGCGCGGCUGGGUAUCUGUGUGGGUGGAGGUGUGGGUAUCGGGGUGGAGGAUUAUGUGCUUGGGAUGUGUGAUUUCACGGGCGAGGUUAUGCGGGUUGGUGUUUUGGGGGCUGCGGAGAGGGGUGUUACGGGUGGGGACAAGGGGCAGGGAGAGGAAAAGGGGCAAGGGAGAUUGUUGUUGGAUGAUUUGCGUGAUGUGAGGAUGGUGCUGGAGGCGCUGGAUGUGCAGGAGGGGAGUUGGUUUGGAGGGCAGUUGGAGAAGAAGAUGGUUGUUGUGAGGCAGAGUGUGGAGAAGGUGGAGAAGGCGUCGUAUGAGCUCGUGAUACGGGGCCGGGAGAGGCC